AUGAGGCCGGCCAACCCCCACCGAGAUCCAGAUCCUCCAGCCGCCACCUCCUCGGUUCCCGAGGCCCAGCCUCCUCUCGCUCUCGUGCGCGAGCACGCGCCCGAGGAGCUCGAGCAGGGGAGCCCCGAUCCCGCAGCAGCAGCGCUGCCUGGCUCCUUCUCACCUCAUCUUCUCCCGUGCGCCUCCAUCUCGCGCAGCCCCGCCGGCGACGAGCAGCAGCACCUGCAGGAGCUCCGCCUCCUCUCGCGAGCGCCCAGGGAACUGACGCAACCGCUGCCUCGUUCGACCCCGCCGGAUCGGGUCGCGUUCGCCCCGUUCACGUCAUGGCCGCCCGAAGCCUCCAUCGCCCGCGUCGCCGGAGCUGCUCCAUGCGCCGCUCGAACCUGCCCGAGCAUCUCCUCUGCUCCCAGACCCAGGCCGCCGUCCGACCUCGCCGGCCGGUCGCCGGAGCAGUCCAUCCAGAUCGAGCCAUGGCACCGCCCUAGGUUCUUCCCGACGCCAUGGAUGGGCGCGCCAUUGGGGAGCUCCCCGCCGCCUGGAUCCUCCGCCUCGCCGGAGACCUCCUGCGCCGCCCCGCCGGAGUCCCUCCUCGCCGGCCUCUGCUUCUCCUGCUCCAGAUCGAGCGCCGCCGGCCUCUGCUCUCUCUGCAUCGAGCAGAGAGGCUUCGCUCGUCCCGCGCCGUUGACCCGUCGCCCUGCCGCGGCUCUAAAGCCCAGCCGCUGGAUCUCACCGCCUCCUCCACCGACCUGGGCUUGGCCCAUGGGUGAGGCCCCAGCGCCUCCUUUUUUUUCCUUUCUGUUGGGCCUGCUCCAGCCAGAUUUGGCCCAGUGUUGUUUUUUUUUCCUGCUGCGUAUUUGUCUAUUUCCCAGAGUUUGCAGUUUUGCAGAAUAACCCCCUAGCUUCAUGCAUUUUAUAACUAAUCAACGGUGCAUCCUUUGUAAAAACUUUGUAUAUGAAAAGUGCUCAGAAAUUUGUGUAUAUUAAUAAUAUGCCACUUUCAUCUAUGUUUAAAAUGUUAAAAAUGUUGUUUGCAUUAAUUUGCUCCU